GCUUUCCAGAUCAUGUGGUACACUAGCACCCGGGGAAUGGCCCCACGGGUCAACUUUGAGGGGGCCCUCUUCUCUGGCUAUGCACCCGAUGGGGGUCUCUAUGUGCCAGAGGAGUUCCCACAGCUGGACAGAGAGACCCUGCGCCACUGGAGCACGCUUUCCUAUCGCAGCCUGCUGAAGGAGCUGUGUGCCCUCUUCAUUGGCCUGGAGCUCAUCCCAAGACAUGACCUAAAUGAUCUGAUUGACCAAGCCUUCAGCAGAUUCCGCCACAGAGAUGUGGUCCAUCUGCGCAGACUGAGGAAUGGGCUGAAUAUACUGGAGCUGUGGCAUGGGGUCACCUAUGCCUUUAAGGACCUGUCGCUGUCCUGCACCGCUCAGUUCCUGCAGUACUUCCUGCAGAAGAGGAAGAAGCAUGUCACCAUUGUUGUUGGAACUUCUGGGGACACGGGAAGUGCUGCCAUUGAGAGUGUUCAGGGAUCCAAGAAUAUGGACAUCAUCGUUCUGUUGCCCAAAGGCCUUUGCACAAAGAUUCAGGAGCUCCAGAUGACGACGGUGCUGAAGGAGAAUGUCCAUGUGUUUGGAGUGGAAGGGAACAGUGAUGAACUUGAUGAGCCCAUCAAGGCCGUGUUUGCGGAUGUGCCUUUUGUCCAGAAGCACAACCUGAUGAGCUUGAACUCCAUCAACUGGUCUCGGGUCCUGGUGCAGAUGGCACACCACUUCUUCGCUUACUUCCAGUGUGCACCCUCCUUGGACACACACCCCCUGCCCGCUGUGGAGGUGGUCGUGCCUACAGGGGCCGGGGGUAACCUUGCAGCUGGGUGCAUUGCUCAGAAGAUGGGCCUGCCCAUCCGCCUGGUUGUGGCCGUGAACCGCAAUGACAUCAUCCACAGGACUGUCCAGAAGGGAGACUUCUCUCUGUGUGAGGUUGUCAAGCCAACCCUGGCAUCCGCUAUGGACAUUCAGGUGCCCUACAACAUGGAGAGGAUCUUCUGGCUGCUCUCUGACUCUGACAGCCAGGCGACGAGAGCUUUAGUCCUCCUGUGGUUCACCAAUCCCGACAUUCACCCCUGUCCCCUGACCCUUCAGCUUUCAGAGGCGGUGACAUCUGAGUCAGUGUCUGAUGAGGCCAUCACCCAGACCAUGGGCCGCUGCUGGGAAGAGAACCAGUACCUGCUGUGCCCCCAUUCAGCCACAGCGGUGAACUACCACUACCAGCAGACUGACAGUGGGCAGUCCAGGAGCAUCUCCCGGUGCUGCCUGGCCUCUGCCUCUGCAGUCAAAUUCCCAGAAGCAGUCCAGGCUGCUGGGCUGACUCCCCAGACUCCUGCAGAGAUCCUAGCCCUGGAGCACAAGGAGACCCGCUGCCUCCCCAUGCAGAGAGGAGAUGACUGGAUGCAGAUGCUGCGGGACACAAUUGAGGGCGUGUCCCAGCGCUGGCAUGGUGGGGCUGUGAACCCCUCAGAAUAGCCAGGCUGGCACUGGUUUGAAGACGCUUGUCCCGGGACUCACUGGGACAAGAUGGCUCAGUAGUUAAGAACUCUUGCUGCUCUUCCAGAGGACCCAAGAUUAGUUAACAGCACCCAUGGCCGGUGACUCACAACCAUGUAUAACUCCAGCUGCAGGAGUUCUGACGCUUCUGGCCUCCGUGGGCGACGCACUCAUGUGCGCAGAUACACAUACAGACACGCAUACCUAUAAUUUAAAAUAAUAAA